UAACGAGUAAUAGCUCUAUUGAUUAAUUAAUUAAUUAAUUAAUAUAUUUAUUUUCUUCUUAUAACCCUUCACUGUAUCAUCAAAUCUCUAUUGUUUCUCUUUCUCUGGCUUGGUGCAGCUACAACCGUGUCUACCUCUGCUCUAUCUCAGUUCUCAAGAGUUCAGACUGUGGUUACACUCAGGAAAAUGAUUCAAAAUUUUCAGUAUACUUCUGAAGUUCCUCACCUACCUUUGGUACACAUGUAUGUACAUAUUCUUCAGCUGUGAUUGGAAGGUCAUAUACACAAAAAGGGGAUGCUGAGAGAUGUGCUGUGUCUCUGAAAUCCAUAAGGUUAUGUCCUUGCUAUCACUGCCCUGCUUAAUACUUGGUAAUAGUGGAGCAAAAAUCUCUAGCUCAUUCUUUCACUAUUCCUUGAUGCACAACACAAGUUUUUUUGUUGUGCCUGUUGUGUUAGUACAUUACCUGCGUGAAGACGGUUGAAUAGCUUAUUUGCUAUCAUAUAGAAAUUUUAAUUGGGUGAGGGAGUGGUAUUUUAUUUCUGUCCUACUUCAAUGUUUCCUAUGGAGAACACAUCAAACAUCUUGAUGCAAAAAUAUGAGUUGGGAAGGUUACUAGGCCAAGGCACAUUUGCAAAGGUUUACUAUGCACGUAGCACAAUCACUAACCAAAGUGUGGCUGUUAAAGUGAUUGACAAGGAUAAGGUUAUAAAAAAUGGGCAAGCUGAUCACAUUAAACGGGAAAUAUCGGUUAUGAGACUGGUUAAGCAUCCAAAUGUUAUUGAGCUUUUUGAGGUUAUGGCCACCAAGAGUAAGAUUUACUUUGUUAUGGAAUAUGCUAAAGGUGGAGAGUUGUUUAAGAAGGUGGCCAAAGGAAAGCUCAAAGAAGAAGUUGCACACAAGUAUUUUAGGCAGCUAGUGAGUGCAGUGGAUUUUUGUCACAGUCGAGGUGUAUACCAUAGAGAUAUAAAGCCAGAGAACAUUCUGUUGGAUGAAAAUGAGAAUUUGAAGGUCUCGGAUUUCGGGUUAAGUGCGUUGGCCGAGUCCAAACGGCAAGAUGGCUUGUUGCACACAACUUGUGGAACACCAGCCUAUGUUGCUCCUGAGGUCAUCAAAAGGAAAGGUUAUGAUGGUGCCAAAGCUGAUAUUUGGUCAUGUGGGGUAGUUUUGUUUGUCUUACUGGCUGGUUACUUUCCUUUUCAUGACCCUAAUAUGAUGGAGAUGUAUAGGAAGAUAAGCAAGGCAGAGUUUAAAUUUCCUAGUUGGUUCCCGCAAGGUGUUCAGCGGCUAUUGCGCAAGAUGUUGGAUCCGAAUCCGGAAACUAGGAUUUCCAUAGAUAAGGUUAAGCAAUGUUCUUGGUUUAGGAAGGGGCCAAAUGGUAGACAGAAAACACAAGAAGGGGAAAACCUGUGUGUCUCUCCUUCAGUUACAAAUCAUUCUGAACAAUGUGGUGAUGAAAGUGAUGAUUUAGCAGCAGAAGCAAGGGAAGAGCAAGUUGUGCCAGUAAGUAUAAAUGCCUUUGAUAUAAUCUCCCUUUCACCAGGUUUUAAUCUUUGUGGAUUCUUUGAAGACAGUAUUCAGAAAAGGGAAGCAAGGUUUACUUCAAGACAACCGGCAUCAGUCAUCAUCUCCAGGCUGGAAGAAAUCGCGAAGCAGAUGAGGAUGAAAAUAAAGAAAAGGGCUGCAGGUUUGUUGAAAUUGGAGGGCCUUCAUGAAGGUAGGAAGGGGAUUUUAUCCAUUGAUACAGAGAUCUUUGAGGUUACUCCACUUUUGCAUUUGGUGGAGGUGAAGAAAUCAAAUGGAGAUACAUUGGAAUAUGAGAAAAUACUGAAGGAGGACAUUAGGCCUGCUCUUAAAGACGUUGUUUGGGUUUGGCAAGGUGACCAACAAGAGCAAUCACAACAGUUGGAGCAACAGAAGCAGCAACAACAAUUACCACAGUCAUAAGUACAACAUUAUCUUAGUUUUUAAUGUCUCAUGCCUUAUAUUUGUGCAUUACAUAAUAUGAAAUUUUGUUUUGAAUAAUGCUGUCUCUUAUCUUUCUUCUGUUUUACAAUGCCAUGACCUUAUUGUAUUACGUCCUGUGUCUCAAAUUCUGUUGGCAGAUGUUUCUUUAGUUUUAAUGUUUAGUGGUUAGCAACCGUUUCUA